CUUCACUCUGUAUGGUUCCACUCCGUAUGGUUCCACUGCCCCUGCCAACAUGUUUGUCUCACAUACUGGACUCUUCUUACUCUCUUCCACCUGGUACCCACUCUGACACCCUUUCGUGCCUUUUCAGAGGAGCAUGUGAUCAUCCAGGCUGAGUUCUAUCUGAAGCCUGACUCAUCAGGCGAGUUUAUGUUUGACUUUGAUGGUGAUGAGAUUUUCCACGUGGAUAUGGAAAAGAAGGAGACAGUGUGGCGGCUUGAAGAAUUUGGACAUUUUGCCAGCUUUGAGGCCCAGGGUGCCUUGGCCAAUAUAGCUGUGGACAAAGCUAACCUGGACAUCUUGAUAAAGCGCUCCAACAACACCCCAAACACCAAUGAACCUCCCGAGGUGACGGUGCUCUCAAACAGCCCUGUGGAACUGGGAGAGCCCAACAUCCUCAUCUGUUUCAUCGACAAGUUCUCCCCACCAGUGAUCAAUGUCACGUGGCUUCGAAAUGGAAAGCCUGUCACCACAGGAGUGUCAGAGACCGUCUUCCUGCCUCGGGAAGACCACCUUUUCCGCAAGUUCCACUAUCUCCCUUUCCUACCCUCGGCGGAGGAUGUCUAUGACUGCAAGGUGGAGCACUGGGGUUUGGAUGAGCCUCUUCUCAAGCACUGGGGUAUGGACCAUUCGUCAAUCUCCUUUCUUCUAUGGUUUCUUCCCAUGAUGCUUUGUCUGGUGCUUUGAGACCCAGAGUACUGUAACUCAUCCAUAACCAUUGCUACAAAUCCUAUUCCUUGUCUUAUCCCAUUAUUCA